GUGUGUGUGUGUGUGUGUGUGAGAGCGUUGGACCACCAGAUAGCACUUCCUCUCCCAUCAGUCAGCAGUGCAGUGAUGGCCCAAGUAAAACUAACAAGGGAUGCGAUGAGGAGUCAUCAGGACUGUGCUGACGUGUACUCUAAUAUGGCCACUGUCAGCUCCACUGCGGAUAUUGGAGAUCCGUUGAGCAAGGGGUCAUUGAGUGAGACCUCUGCGGCUGUGACUGUUGGCCGACGGAGCCGAGCUUUUCAGUCUCCGGUGAGAAGACGCCUCCGCACCACCUUCAGCCACAAGCAGCUAGAACAUCUGGAGAUGGCCUUCGGACAGAACCAGUAUCCUGACAUCUACUAUAGAGAGGAGCUGGCCCGAAUCACAAAGCUCAAUGAGGCUCGCAUCCAGGUGUGGUUUCAGAACAGAAGAGCCAAACAGCGCAAGCACGAGCGGGUCUCCCCAAAAGUGCACCCCCUGGGUGUGAUGUCGGGCCACAGAGCACUACUGGGCAGCAUGCAGGUCACACCAUCCAUGGCCCGGCAAUACUACGGCCAGCCCCUGGCCCACAUUCCCCACGUUGCUGCGGUGCUGCCUACCAGAGUGUACCCCCACCAUUCCCAAGGUCCGGUCAGCCCGUAUCCGUGUCCCCCCAUCACGGCGCAGGCGACCUCUCAGCAGCAGCAUGAAGAAUGGUACAGCCACAUGAGGAGCAACCUGACCUCAACCAUGUUCUCUUUGACAUCCAUGCAGCCCCUGGAAUCUUCCUCUCAUUGGAGCUAAGCAUUGUAGGGUCCUCAGUCGGGAUUUUUAGCUAGGAUUUAUGUAUGUUCUGAGUACCAAGUCGGUCAUUUCGGACUUGUAUUAAUUAGAAAUGUAUUACAGUGGAGAUUAUGUAUUACAGCGGCGCAAUAAUUAUGCUGCUGGUGUUCAUGCCCACAACCACAAUGUGUACCAGCCAUAAUGAGUCUGUUAUUUUCAAUCAAACCAAUUUGUAAUCCUCAAUUCAUAAUCUGCAGGAGCACGCUGGUGGCCGCCCACCCAAAAGUUGUGUAGCUCCACACUACUUAAACUACAACCACAGUCAACAAAUUGUUUGAAUGAACACUUGACAGUGGUAAUAGAAGACUGUGCAUGUUUGUUACUUCGUUAAUUGGCUCUCAUUCAACUGUGCCAGUAUACCCAAUAAAGUACACUCAUAAAAACAAACCCGGGUGAAAAUAUUUAGUGUUUCUUUAUUGCACUUUACUAGUUGUACAAUGGCUUUCAAACUAGUUGCAUUAGUUGGUGCUGG